AUGGUGAAUGGGAAAACCAGUUCCGAUUUGGUAUUGCAGUCUGUAAUGGAUGUUGUCCGAGACCAUCAAUUUAAUGUUCUGUGUCUGAUUCUAGUUUGCCUUCGGUAUAACGGCAAGGGCCAUGGCAAACAUGGCACUUACAGAUCGCGAUAUACAUUUGUGAGCAGAAUUCCGGGGCAGCUUCGCUACAUUAACCGUCUAGUCAGAGUGAAUGACAGGGUUUGUUUGGACAAUUUGAGAGUGGACAGGAACGCAUUCGCGAGGCUUUGCAUCAUGCUACGUGAGACCGGGGAGUUAGCCGACGGUAGGUAUGUUAGCAUCGAACAACAAGUCGCAAUGUUUUUGGGAAUACUUGCCCAUCAUAAGAAGAACCGUGUGGUCAAGUUUGAAUUUUGGAGAUCUGGGUACACAGUUUCUAAAUACUUCCACGCUGUACUCAAGGCUGUACUAAAGCUUCACCGAACAUUUUUAGUCGUCCCUGAUGCUGUGUCCGAACAUUGUGAUGAUAACAGGUGGAAUUGGUUCCAGGGAUGUCUUGGUGCCAUCGAUGGCACUUAUAUCAACGUCCAUGUGCCGAUUGGUGAUAAACCACGUUAUCGUUCGCGUAAGGGUCAGGUUUGCACCAACACGCUAGCUGCACGUGAUCGUCAAAUGCGCUUCGUGUAUGUAUUGGCUGGUUGGGAAGUUACUCGACCUAAUGGAUUUCGGGUCCCCAAAGGUACCAACAUGGUCGAUGAGGAUAAGCAUCAGAAUAUGUGUGGCAAUUAUUACCUAUGCGAUAACGGAUACGCAAAUGCUAAUGGAUUUCUAGCGCCUUACAAAAGCGUUCGGUAUCACCUCCAAGAAUGGGGAAUCGGUACUGAGGCUCCACAGAAUGAACGUGAGCUCUUCAAUAUGAGACACUCUCGAGCGCGCAACAUAACUGAACGAGCGUUUGCCGUUCUCAAAAUGCGAUGGGGGAUCCUUAGGAGUGCUUGUUACUAUCCGCUCACUAUACAAAACAAUAUAAUUUUGGCGUGUUUCUUGUUGCACAACUAUGCCAGAUCUGCUAUGCCUUUUGACCCUAUUGAACAAUCGAUCCAUGGUGGAGAGGAUCACCUAGACGAAGACGUUGGUGUCAACGUAGAAGACGAUGGUGGGGCUGUGGAAUACGUUGAAAACGUGGAACCAACCAAUGAAUGGACCGCAAUGCGCGAUGAGCUGGCCACGUCUAUGUGGCAUGCGUAUGUUAACCAUGGUGUUUGA